UAAUUAGCGACGGCAGCCAGGCAAAGUUGGGCCGGCGGGUCACAGUGAUGGGACGAACUUCUGGGACGAUAGUUACUACACUCUGGCUAAUAGUGAAAUAGUACCACAGUGUACCUAAACACAUCGAACGUAUUAACGGUCUUAAAAGGAAGAAACUAACUUGUUUUGACUUUGGUCUUUCAUCGUCAUGAUAACAAGUGUCACGUCCCCAUAACUUAGUGGAUCGUGUUCUAACGCUACGGCAUAUCGGAGACAAAACGUUCCCCAAACUGGACCUUGUGUCGCACGUAAAAUCCACUAACUUGUUCACUCAGAUAUAACCGUCGCUACCAAAAUGCCGCGCUCAUUUAUGGUGAAGAGUUCCAAAAGACGCCCGUCCCAAGCAAAGCCAGGCCACGCCCUGCCACAACGUACACCCGCAGAACCGGAUGAUGCCGGCCAAGACUGUUACUUACAUUCACCCAGUCCCUCUUUUGAGUCUGAAAAUAGUGACGACGUCGGUAUGGAAGCCAGCCAAUCAAAAUCCAGUACGAUUGGUCCCAUCGCCGAUAACAACAAUGAGUUACACAUCACAGUUCAUCAACAGAGAAUCAAGGAGCUGUUCCAGCAGUACCUCCGCUGGAUGGACAUCACGUCUGAUCACGUGAUCGGCAGAGGAGCCAAUGAUGACAGUUUAUUUAACAGUCUUUUUAAAGACAACGAGAUAAAAACCCCGAGUAACAGAGAAUGUACCCUUGCCACUGAAGGAAAGUGUGACUGUAUGAGAACCAGGUUUUGUUGUGGACCGUUCGGGUUACCCUCUCCUACGGACUCUACAGAUUCAUUCAAGGGGUUCCGGGACGAAGGAGACCAUGUGGCACACUCCAUGAACUUUCGAGACUCUCAGUUUUUUGGUAAUGGUGAAGAAGAGUUUGCGCCCCACAGGACUUUCCGCUGUAAAGAGUGUGGUAAGGGCUUCAAGCGUUCGUCAACUCUCAACACACACAUGCUCAUCCAUAGUGACACCCGCCCCUACCCUUGUCAAUACUGCGGCAAGCGAUUCCAUCAGAAAUCGGACAUGAAGAAGCACACGUACAUACACACAGGUGAAAAACCUCAUAAAUGUUCCGUGUGUGGGAAAGCCUUCAGUCAGUCCUCAAAUCUCAUAACACACACACGCAAACAUACGGGCUUUAAACCCUUCACGUGCGAGCGGUGUGGGCGGAGCUUCCAGCGGAAAGUCGAUAUGAGGCGACAUCUGGAAACAAGCCAUCGUCUGGUUUAGGGCAGUAAAGAGGUUUUUGUUAAAAUGACCGCUAAAAUAGGAUUGUGAUUAAAAUUUCAACGAUACAGAGCAUUCACGCCACAACGAUUUCUGGAAUGACACGUGAUCAAUGGAUUCUGAUUGAAGUAAUGAAAUGAGUGGAGAAUGAUGCCAUAACGCUGACAGGUAAUGAGGCACGGGCCCCGGGGGACUGAGUCUCUACGAUUGAGUGACCACGCCGGGCAAGCAUGAGACUUUCACGAGCGCCAGACAUGCUUCUCCGGCGUGGAAAUGACCCUCAAAACAGCAUGUGGUUCUACGCUUUCCCUUCGAAGAUAAGUUCGGAUAAAGUCGGUAAAGACACACGUAUAUUGAUACCGAUCCUUAAUCCAGUGUUCUGUUUGGGUCAGGAUAUCGACGCCGCAUAUUCGAGUUUUGCAUAAUUGUAUUGUCUUUUAGUUUAUUUCGGUCAAGAUUAUUUGAACUCGUGGAGGAUAACAUUCAUUGUAUGUAAUGAUUUCACGUCAUCAUAUACACAGAUCAUGUGAUGCGUUGGCCUAUCUAUUGUUGUGUAUUCAAAUUAAAAAUGUGACUCCUUCAAGAGUAGACUACGGCUAUUUUAAUUUUCGUAUUUAGACAUUGAUUCCAAUAUAAUGUUAAUACAGAGGUAUUUAUUAGAUGUUUCUUGUUUAAAAUAUUUUUCAACUGUUGUUCAAUAAUAUUUUAUCUAGUCAUGCAAAUGCUUAUCACAGAUUACCGCAUGGUUCCUUUGUUUGAUCAAAGUUAGUAUUGGACGUAUUACCCCAUACAACACGUGCACAGGUUAGUAACCAUAAUACUAAACUGUUUGGAGCACGUACACAGGUUAGUAACCAAAAUACUAACCUGAUUGGAGCACAUGCACAGGUAAGUAACCAAAAUACUAACCUGUUUGGAGCACGAGCACAGGUUAGUAACCAAAAUACUAACCUGUUUGGAGCACGAGCACAGGUUAGUAACCAAAAUACUAACCUGAUUGGAGCACGAGCACAGGUUAGUAACCAAAAUACUAAACUGUUUGGAGCACUUGCACAGGCUAGUAUUUAGUUAUCAACCUCCGCUUGUGUUUGCCAAUCAGGUUACGCACCAUCCUGAACUCAUCUGGUAUUGUCCCAGAAAUAAUAGAUUCCUCGAUGAGUUCAUAUGAUACAUAUGCAAUGUAGUCAUACACUGAUACAGAUACAAUGUAGUCAUACACUGAUACAGAUACAAUGUAGUCAAAUACUGAUAGAGAUACAAUGUAGUCAAACACUGAUAGAGAUACAAUGUAGUCAUGCAAUGUUAGAGAUACAUUGUAGUCAUACACUGAUACAUAAACAAUGUAGUCAUACACUGAUACAUAUACAAUGUAGCCAUACAAUGUUAGGGAUACAUUGUAGUCAUACACUGAUACAGAUACAAUGUAGUCAUACACUGAUACAGAUACAAUGUAGUCAUACACUGAUACAUAUACAAUGUAGUCAUACACUGAUACAUAUACAAUGUAGUCAUACA